GGAGAUUGCAAACAUUAUUGAAGAGGAUAUGCGAGAUUGUCCUCAAAUGUUUGAUAGGUUGACAAUGGAUGCAAAGACACCACUGUAUAAUGGAGAUAAUUUAUUAUCUUGACCCAUUGGCGAAAGACAUUAAUAUGAGGCAAGAUUUGAAGAAGUUGUUUGACAUGGUUAUACAAACCUACCGAGCUCAAAGAGGGUCUAUGGUUUCAAAGUCUAAGUUAAGCAAUAUCAAAUGGACACCAAUUAAGUGUCCAAAACAAUCCAACGGCCAUGAUUGUGGGUAUUACAUUUGUCGAUAUAUGAAGGAAAUUGUCACAUAUUGUGAAGGAGGGACAAUUCCAAUAGAUUAUUUUCCUAGUUGCAGAUGUCAACAAUAUUCUGACAAUCAAAUCAUUGAAGUCAGGGAAGAUUGGUGUUUUUAUCUCAUUAGUAAAUGUUUAUAGGUUAGUUGUAUAAUUCCUUAUAUAACAAAAUAGGGAAGGUUAGGAACAAUGUUUUGUCUAAAGUGUUUUGGCUCCACAGUCUAGCAAAAAUGGAACAUGAUGGAUGAGUACUACAAAUAUUAGUUUUUUUUGCUAAUUUCUUUCAUGUAAU